UUAAAUCCCUUUAAAUUGUUUUUAAAAGGCUAUUACUAAGCAGGCCACGUGGCUAAGAGGGUCUCUUAGAGGGCGGUUUGAGCGGGGCCUUGGGGCAAAGGGAAGUGAAAGUGCCUUCUGGGAAUUGUAGUUUUCCCUUGCUCCCAUUAGCUAGGACUACUUGUCCCAAGAUGCAGUUCCACUGCCAGGUUCCCUAGCUACUAUCUCUAAGCAUUGGAGUCAGCGUUAGAGAAAGGGAUUCAGGUGAGGACCGGAACAAGGAUGAGGUGGAGUUUUGGGGAAGGAUGGGAACCAGCCGGAAGUGACUAGGAAAAAAGGCUUAUCAAAAAUUUGGCUUUGUGUCAAAGACAAGUCAAGAUUUAACUUUUCUCUGGUGAACGAGCAUAUAGAUUGUGAUAUGUCGACCCAAGAAAUAAAUAAACAUGCAGUUCUCCCUCCUAUCAUUGGAAGAAGAGACAAAGAAUUUUUGGAAAGUAUGCAAAGAUACAUAAUUACAGAAACUGAAAGAGUGGGCUGUAAUGAGGAAGGACCUGCUGAUGAAUAUUACAUCAUAUACCGAAACGUUUUUGAUAAGGUAAUAGAAUAUGUCACUGUAUACAAAGCCGUUCUCACUUCAAUCAAAAAAGAAUACGACGCCUUUAUUGAGAAAAUAAAGAAAGACCGAAGAGCUGUAUUUAAUCUUCAUGGAAAACUUAAAGUUUUGGCAGCAGAGCCCACAGCUUUGAUAUAUCACAGGAAAAGAAAAAUCCAACUUGAAGCAAAAAUGAGGAGUAUUGAAAAUAAUUCGUUGAAGAUUCAAUCACAAAUAGAUCAAAUGAAACAGCUUAGGGCAGAGUAUGACACCAAAGAAGUAAAAUACUGUACUUUCUCCAAUGAUCCUUCAAAACCUAUUCCAGGCAUGACUCUCGAAGACUCUGUCAAUCUAGAUGCUCUCACUAAAUACAUGAAACAUCUUCAAGAUAAAUAUACAGAAAUUAAACAAACUAUGUCAAUAAAAUAUAUACCAGCUCAGAAGAAGGCUGAUUUAGAUGAGGAAAUGAUUGUGUUAUUAAAAAGGAGAGAUGUAGCUGAAAAUCUGAACAAAGAGUUACAGUUUCGUCAUCAAAGAAUGCAGAUUAUUUCACAAGCCCUUACUUCAUGGAUAGAAUCUGAUAAGAAUAGCACAAUUCAAGACUUGGUGGAGGAGAUUCAGAAAACCAAAGAUUUACAAGGUGACCAAGGCACUGUAGAGGAACUACUUCAAGAUGAUCCAAGCAGGGCAAAAGAAGCUGAAAUUAUGCUUUACUACAUUGAAAGGUUCAAUGAAUUAAUCUCACUUGGUGCAUAUGAAAAGGCAGCUUGUUUUGCAGCAAAUAGUCCUAGAAGAAUUCUUCGAAACAUUGGUACGAUGAAUAAAUUUAAGGCUGUUGGAAAAAUUAGAGGGAAGCCUCUUCCAUUACUCUUAUUUUUUGAGGCUCUCUUCAGCACAAGUCAUGCUUUUAGACGUCCUGUUGAUGCAGAGCUAACCUUGGAAGGAAUCAAAUGUGGAUUAUCUGAAAAACGGUUAGAUUUAGUUAUCAAUUGGGUAACUCAGCAAAGGCUGACAUUUUCUGAGGAAGCUGGGGAUGUGAUUUGUGAUUAUGGGGAGCAGGAUACUUACAACAAUGCCAAAUGCCUGGCUUUAGCUCAGAUUAUUUACCAUGAAUGUGGUCUGCACAAGAAAGCUCUUCUUUGUCUGUGUAAACAGGGUCAGAUUCAUGGGGCCAUGGAAUACAUACAACAGUUCAAGGACUUUACUUACGAUGACCUGAUGCAGCUAAUAACAUUAUGUCCCCAAACUGAAUUAAUUCAGUGUCUCACUAAAGAAUGGAAUGGGAAACCACCAUCCUUAUCCUUUGGUCUUGCCGUACUUCAUCUAUUCUCUGUAGAUAUGAAAAAGUUUGCCAUUAAGCUACUCCAAGAAAUAAGUAAAGGUGGGAAAGAUGCAGUAGAAUAUCUUGUGAUGAAUGAUUCAUUUUGCUCCCUAGAAAAGUGGCAAGAAAUGGCAACUGUAUGUUUACAGAAUGGCUUUGACAAAUUAUUUAAUGACAUCAUGUCCAUUCUUCGAUCUCAGGCAGGAGUGACAGAAAUUUCUGAAGAGGAUGAUACAGUCAACUUAAUGGAACAUGUUUUCUGGUAGUUCUGUAUCUUAACCAGUUGAGGGAGCUUAUAAAACAUUUUACACGUGUUGGUUGGGCAAACUGAUUUUGGUGUCACUAAUUUACAAAAAAAUCUAGAAUAUGAAGCUCUUAGAAAUAA